AUGAUUCAGAGGAACGAGGUUGUGCUGUCCGUGCUGAGAGAGCUCCAGGAGGCCACAGAGAGCGCCGGUCUCGAUGCUGUCACAAGAGUGGCCCUGGAGGUGGACAGGGUCCUCGCUCCAUUCCAGCUCCCCAGGACCCCCUGUCAGGAUUUCCCGGAGUGGGCAGGCGUGGACGACUCUGCCCGUGACCUGUACCCAGGCGAUGCACCCAGAGACCUCCUGCCUCUAAACUGCAACGGAAAAGGCAACUUACUGUUUGAUGCAGUCAGCACACUGCUAGUGGGGAACACAGCACUUAGCUUGGAGCUACAGGUGCGGACUGUCGUGGAAAUGGUGCUGUGGAAGCGAUACUACCUCUCUGGGAUGAUCGAUUCGAAAAUGAUGCUUCAGGCAGUUCGCUUCAGUCUCUCUGCUGAAGAGUCCGAGGACAUGCUCAACUUGCCGGUCACAGUCCUGGAGGCCAUCUUCGAUGCAGACGUCAAAGCUUCCUGCUUCCCCGGCUCCUACGCCAACAUGUGGCACGUCUACGCCCUGGCAUCAGUCCUUGAGUCUAACAUCUACUCCAUCUAUCCCAUGUUCAACCUCAAGAUCCGACCCUAUUUCAACCGAGUCAUACGUCCGAGGACCUGGCCCAAAGACUCUCAGCCGUUAACCCUCCACAUCAUGUGGUCUGGCGAGCUCCAGUCCGAGACCUUGUUCAGGCCAAAUAAUUUUGUCGCACUAGCCCAGACCAGAGACCUCACAUUUGGGAAUACCGACAGCGAGCAGAGGGAGUCUCCCACCAAGAGCGAGGAGCUGCAGAACCCGGACUCACAGUUUUCCUACCCAAGCCUGAAGGACAAGUACAACAUUACCAAGAGGACAUUCUACCGCUGGAAAAGGCAGACGCAGGAGCACUGCAAAAAGUCUGCUAGUAGGUAUGAGGCAAAGUAUUUCCUGCAGGCAUGCUACUUGGAGGGAAGGCUUAUCCCUCUGCACCAGUUUAAGGAGUUUUUCCCCGAGAUCUCAAGGUCGUCUUACUAUAACUGGAAGCACGAGCUUCUGAAAACUGGAGGAACCUUCUCCACCUCGUCUUCAACUGGAGAGAUUAGUCCUGGAGAGAGCACGGAGCAGGAGGCCUGGUCUUCACCUGAAGCAAAACGGGAGGAGCCCGACCACAACGACAGUGUGGCCAGUAUGUUUGGUCUCGGCCUCGGCAAGCUGGAUGUAGAGCGGGCCCAGAGUUUGGCACAUAUGCAGGAAGCAAAGCGCUGUCUACAGAAUUGCAUCGCCAUGAAUGCCUCCCUCCCCUUCAGGGUCUUCAAAAGACAUUUCCCCGGGAUCUCCAGAUCAACCUACUACAACUGGAGGAGAGAGGCCAUGUUGUUCAACAGAGGUUACAAAGGCAGCGUCGCCAGCAGCGAGGACAGCUCAGAUGCUGACAAGAGCCAAAGUCCAAAGAGUCUGUCACCGGUCCUGUCUAACGUCAACCAGCCUAUCUUACCCAGGAUGAGGAUCUACAGGAGGCAGCACAUAAGUUUCAGGCUGGCGUACAUGAGUAAAAAACAGCUCAGAGAUGCUGCCAAACUGCACGUCCAGAAGUCAAAGUGGUCCCUGACCAAGUUCAAGCUCAAGUUCCCGUCCAUGUCCCCUUGUUUUUACUGGCUUUGGCGUAGCAGGCAGAACCAGAAGGAGAAAAUGGCUGCCCAGCGUGCCGAUGUCCUCCCAGUUAGUGUGGAGAGCACUGCAACAGAAGACAAGAUCAUAGACAAGAGGAUAGAGACUCCGCCCAUGCUCUCGUUUGUCGAGAGGCCGAGAUAUUUAGAAAGCUCCACUGUUCCCUCUUUUGAUGUCUCGCAUUCAAAACCCGUGCUUCACAGCAAGGAAACAACAGACAAGCAGAUGUUUGCGAUGGAUGUUGUGGCUCUGGCCAACUUCAAGGCCAAGGCCAAGCUGUUCCUGCAGCAACGCUUUGAAGAGAAGUCCUUCCCCACGUUCAAAGAAUUCAGGUCUUACUUCCCCUUCACACCGCGCUCCACGUACUACAUGUGGAAGCGAGCUCUGCAUCACGGGGUGUCGCUGAUUCACGGUUAAAUGAGAAGAGGUCACAUCCUGUAAAAAAAACGGGCUUCAGAAGCAACAUACCGGCUCUGUUGAAGAAUUUCUUGGCCCCACAAACAAGAUUUUAUUGUAAAAAUACUACCUACACUGUUGCCUUGGUGUUUUCAUGUUCUGAAAAGACUUGCACACACUGGCUUAGCAUCUAAAUGUCUUGUGUCCCUGCUCUCCCCACCACCGCAGCUCAUUCCUCCCUCCUGGACAUUUGCACGUGUGUGAAAAGAAACUGAGUGGCGGGUCUGUUUAAACCCUGCAUGUUGCCCUCCAGGCAAAAGGCAGUUCAAAGCUGUUGUUUAGCCGCGUUUUGUUUGAAGCUGCUUCUUCUCCGAUGUCUUUUAGUCCCUGCCAAACAUUGGACUCUGGGCCUCUUCUAUUUUUUUGUUGUUAUUUGAUUGUUGAAUGCUUUUUUUGAUGCAUGUAUUGAUCUGGGUUCUUGGCAGAUCAUUUUUUUCUUCUUUUUUUUUUAUGUAAAGAGCAGCCAGUUGGUUUUAAGGACUUCUUGUUCGGACAUCCCCUGUAAACAUGGGUCUUGUCCUUUUUCAUAUUUUUUUUUAUUAUGAAAUGUUACACCUCAGGGUUUCACUCGGUGCACUGAAGGUUUAAGUGGCUGUAUUAAGGUUUUUGGCAUUUUGAAAAUGCCUCAUUUUCUGCAAAUUAAAAAUACAAACUUUAGUCACACUAUAUUUGCACUAAAAUGGUUCUCAUUACACUGAAUGUAUUUUCUUAUCCAGUGUGCACACUCUGGUUAAGUACCUACAAGUCCUUUUUUUUCCUCUUUUUUUUUUGUUAUAUUUUUUUUUUAUUUUUUAUUUUUUAUGUAACUUGAAAAAUGAAUAUAAAUGAAGAUAUUUUAUUUUUUGUACACUCCAUUCCAAAACUACCUAUUUCCCUGAGAUACUGUGGCAAUAAUUUUGCAUGUAUAAGCUAUUUUCCCCCUACUAUUUUGUUGAAAAUGUAGUUGCCCCCCCCCACUUCUCUCCGCACAGGCAGAUGUGUUUUGGGGAACAAGACCUGAAUAAUAGAUUUCAACUUACAUUUGUACUUUAUGUAUUUAUUUUUUCUUAUUCACCACAUGUAUGAAAUUGGCACCGCUGAUGCCAGCGGUUUGCAUUUUGUUCAGUCAGUAGGUGAGACAGUCUGCAUGGGCUGUGAAUCAAUAAACCAUCGAUCAGCAUCAA